GAGGAGUGCAAAUAGCAAAUAUUGGCGUGUGCUCAGUGCUUUCUACAUUUUAAUUCCAUAUUCCAUUUCCAAAUCUCAAUUCUUCCCCUGAUCUUCAUCGCAAAUAUAGAUAUAUACAGAUUUUCCACCUUUUUCUCCUUUUUUCGUAUAUUUAGAAUCCCUAAUUUCAAUCUUUUUUCGCUAUUUUACAACUCCAAUUUUGGUUCGAAAAUAUUUUUAAUCUCUCUCAAUAAAACCCUAAAGAUCCAGAAGCACAACCCGUAUUACACGCACGAAGUCAGUUUUUAGUUGUAUAGAAAUAUAGGCAUAGGCAGAUAGAUAUAGAGAGAGUAGAGAGGGAGAGAGAAAGUGGAGGAGGAUUGGAUGAAGUGAGGGAAGAAUGGGAGCAGCGGGUUCGAAACUGGAGAAAGCAUUGGGCGACCAAUUUCCUGAAGGCGAGCGGUAUUUUGGUCUCGAGAAUUUCGGCAAUACUUGUUACUGCAACAGCGUGCUUCAGGCUCUUUAUUUCUGCGUUCCAUUUCGUGAGCAGUUGCUUGAGUAUUAUUCGAAUAACAAAAAUCCUGCAGAUGUAGAAGAAAAUCUCUUGACAUGCCUAGCAGACUUGUUUUUGCAGAUAAGCUCGCAAAAGAAGAAAACUGGUGUUCUUGCUCCAAAACGUUUUGUACAGCGUCUGAAGAAGCAAAAUGAAAUUUUUCGCAGUUACAUGCACCAGGAUGCCCAUGAAUUCCUAAACUAUUUGCUAAAUGAACUGGUUGACAUACUGGAGAAAGAGGCUCGAGCAUCCAAGAGUGAUCAAGAAAUUUCCCAUAAAAUUGCUAAUGGGCCUACAACUAUAUCUUCAAAUGGUCCUCAAAAGGAGCCUCUGAUCACCUGGGUGCACAAGAAUUUUCAGGGUAUAUUGACAAAUGAAACUAGGUGCUUGCGCUGUGAGACGGUGACAGCAAGAGAUGAAACGUUUCUUGACCUGAGCCUUGAUAUAGAUCAGAACAGUUCAAUUACAAGCUGUCUGAAAAACUUUAGCUCCACUGAAACUUUAAAUGCUGAGGAUAAAUUCUUUUGUGAUAAAUGCUGCAGCUUGCAAGAAGCUCAAAAGAGAAUGAAGAUUAAAAGGCCACCUCAGAUCCUGGUCAUUCAUUUGAAGAGAUUCAAGUACAUUGAACAGCUAGGCCGUUAUAAGAAGCUAUCAUACCGAGUCGUCUUCCCUCUUGAACUAAAACUCAGCAACACAGUUGAGGAUGCUGACGCCGAGUAUUCCUUGUUUGCUGUAGUUGUCCAUGUGGGGAGUGGGCCCAACCAUGGCCACUAUGUCAGCCUCGUGAAAAGCCACAACCAUUGGUUAUUCUUUGAUGAUGAAAACGUGGAGAUGAUUGAUGAGUCUGCUGUUCAAACCUUCUUUGGAUCAGCUCAAGAGUAUUCCAGUAAUACGGAUCAUGGAUACAUCCUAUUCUACGAAAGACUCGCAGCCAGUAGCACAAGCUAAGAGGAGGCUUUCCAAUUCUCACAGGACCCAUGUCAGAGGUGUCUUGGAUGCUGGUAGAGAACCACGUACCGAAGAUGCGGAAGAAUGGGUGAGCGGGUAUUCGAGGGCCAGGCAAAUCCGGAGGUCUGAUAUUGGGCUAAUGAGGACCCAGGGACCAGGGUGAAGUUUCAUUAUGGACUGAGUACAAGUUAGAUGGGGAGCUUUUCA